AUGGCUGGCGUCAAUGUCAAAACCGCGGCCACCGACUUCCUUGACUUUGUCAAUGCAUCUCCCACGCCCUUCCAUGCUGUGAAGUCCGUCAAGGAACGACUAAUCUCGGUGGGAUUCAAGCAGAUCAAGGAGAAAGAUUCUUGGUCCUCGACGUGCCUCCCUGGAGGUAAAUACUUCCUCACUCGAAAUGGAUCGACCAUCGUCGCAUUUGCAAUCGGCAAGAAGUGGAAGCCCGGCAAUCCCAUUUCCAUGGUUGGCGCCCAUACCGAUUCCCCAUGUCUGCGCAUCAAGCCCGUGAGUAAGAGACAGGGCGACGGCUUUCUCCAGGUGGGUGUCGAAACAUAUGGAGGUGGCCUGUGGCAUACUUGGUUCGAUCGCGAUUUGGGCGUCGCCGGAAGAGUCAUGGUCAGAGGGACUGAUGGCAAUGUCGUUCAAAAAUUGGUUCACAUCAAGAAGCCCAUCCUGCGCAUUCCCACCCUUGCUGUCCACCUCGAUCGGCAGGAGACGUUCUCCUUUAAUAAAGAAACUCAGCUCUUUCCCAUUGCGGGUCUCGUCGCGGCGGAGCUCAAACGUCAGGAUGAGAAGAAGAGUAAAAAUGACGCGGAAGAGGAGGAGCAAGACAAGCCGUUCACUCCUUUGAAGGCCAUGACAACAAGACAUCAUCCUCAUAUCGUUGAGCUGAUUGCCGCCGAUGCUGGCGUCUCGGCUGAGGAGAUUGUCGAUUUUGAGAUUGUGCUCUACGACACACAAAAGGCAUGCCUGGGCGGUCUUACGGACGAGUUCAUCUUUUCUGCGAGGCUGGAUAACCUGAACCAGACCUAUUGUGCGACGAUGGGCCUGAUCAAUUCGUUAGAAUCUGCAUCUGCGCUCGACGACGAGUCAUCGAUACGUCUCAUUGCAUGUUUUGACCACGAGGAGAUCGGCAGUAUGACAGCCCAGGGAGCAUUUUCCAUGAUGCUGCCCGCCAUCAUCCGCCGACUCUCUGUCCUGCCGUCCUCAUCAUUUGUGGGGGACGACUCAGAGGAGUCUUAUGACCACGCGAGCGAUCCGGAGCUGUCAACUGCCUACGAGCAAACCCUAUCAAGCUCGUUCCUGCUCUCGGCAGACAUGGCUCACUCGGUCAAUCCCAACUAUGGAGGCAAAUAUGAAUCCGACCACCGACCGGAGAUGAAUCAAGGGCCCGUGAUCAAAAUCAAUGCCAACGCAAGAUAUGCCACCAACUCGCCUGGUAUUGUGCUGCUUCAGGAGGUUGCGCGGAAAGCGCCCAAAGUCAUCGACAGUGACUCAGAGGGCGUGCCGCUUCAGCUGUUUGUCGUCCGCAACGACUCCAGCUGUGGAAGCACUAUUGGCCCGAUGCUGUCGGCUCACCUGGGUGCUCGCACACUCGAUCUUGGGAAUCCGCAGCUUUCGAUGCACAGCUGUCGUGAGACUGGCGGUGCAGAUGAUGUCCAUCAUGCGAUCAGGCUUUUCAGCAGCUUUUUCCAGCAUUAUUCUGCUUUGGAGAAGACCAUCCUGGUCGACUGA